UUCUGUUUACCAAAGAAAUUCCAAAAUAUAUCACAAAUAAUUUUAUCACAACUUAUAAAUCAGGUUUCUCUCGUUGGUGUUCAAGACCUCUACAGCAUUCUUGUGUGACUAAACCAGAUACUUGAAACUUCUGUACUCCAUUACGUGACCGACCUUCUGUAAUUCUGUAAAGUGUUUAAGAUAUCGUGGUUAUCUUGAUCAACUUACCAAUGAUGUCCACAAUCUUCGUCAAGCAACUGGUUUUUGCUGUAAUGAUGGUGUGUAUCUCUCUUUAUGGCUUCCGAUUAGGGAGAGCACAAACAGGGAUAUCAGGAACCGGGAUCGGAUAUUUACCUCAGCCUGGUGGUGGUGGUGGUGUGGGUGGUGGGUUUGGGAAUGGUGGAGGUGGAAUUGGAGGAAGUGGAGGAAUUGGUGGUGGAGUUCUUGCUAAAGCACUUGUGUGUCUCACUGAUAAGAUUUAUCGUGGUUGUGGGGAGUCUUAUAGGCUAACUGAGAGCGGAGAAUUGAAUGUCCCACCUGAAUAUACAAAUCAAUUCUGUGGUGGCCCAUGCUUUAAGGAAACAAAUCUUGUCCUCAACUGCAUGAAUGAUGCGUUGUCAAGCUUCCUUUUUUACAAUCGUGCUACGGUGAGGGAUGUGAAAGACACUAUAUUGUCCGGAUGUAGCUCUGGUCCUAGCCGAGGUGACUUCAAUGUGGCAGAGCACAUUCAAGCAUAUGGAAGCAAUUCAUACAAGUUUUCUUACUCUUUUUUACUUUGGCUUGUAUCUUUCAUUUCUAUUUCUAUUAUAUUGACUUGAUGUUUACCUUAAUUUUACACCUUUCGUCCAUUGUGUGCCUCAAAUUUCUAGUGUUUUAACAUUAUGGUGGUUUUCUAUGUUUUGUAUGGAAGUUAUCAUAAUAGCUUUGAGUUAAUACCA